AAACCACAACAGGACACAAAAAAAUCCAGUUCGCGAACUUUUGAAGUUUUCCCAGUGGCGAGGAACCCUCACCACAACAAACAACAGACAACAAACAGUAAACAGUGGGCGGUAAGCAAACACGCGUGGAUACUGAAGAGCUUUGAAGUGAAGAACAAUGUCAGGAGCAGCAGGGUUUGACCGUCACAUCACCAUCUUCUCGCCAGAAGGGCGUCUCUACCAAGUGGAGUAUGCCUUCAAGGCCAUCAACACUGCCAACAUCAACGCCAUGGGAGUCACUGGCAAGGACUGUGUGGUGAUAAUUUCACAGAAGAAGGUGCCAGAUAAGCUGCUGGACCCAUCCACGGUGUCGUAUAUGUUCCAGAUCACGCCAAAGAUCGGUAUGGUUGCUACGGGGUCCAUUGCGGAUGCUAGAAGCCAGGCACUCAGGGCACGGGCUGAGGCUGCUGAGUUCAAAUACCUCAACGGAUAUGAGAUGCCUGUGGAUGCAUUGGCAAAGAGAAUGGCAAACUUGUCACAGAUCUAUACACAGAGAGCAUACAUGAGACCCUUGGGAGUGGCUCUGACUUUCUGCUCGGUGGAUGAUGAAUUUGGCCCAAUGCUGUACAAGUGCGACCCAGCCGGCUACUACAUUGGCUCAAAGGCCAACGCAACCGGCCCAAAACAACAGGAAUUGACUACAGCUCUGGAGAAGAAGUACAAGAAGAAAGGUGUUGAUGGCGAUUGGCAAAAGGUUGUCGAGUUUGCCAUCAUUACACUGAGUAAUACGCUGAACACAGAACUUAGAAAAAAUGACAUUGAAGUUGGUGUUGCCGUUGAGGGUAAGUUCUUCACGCUUACAACUGAGGAAAUUGAUGAAAGAUUGGUGUCCAUUGCAGAGCAAGAUUGAAUUCAUGAAUUAGAUUGAACAAUUG